GGAGUCGACCGUAGAUGUAGAGUGUAAGUCUCUCCCGAAUACGCUCAGGAAAGCUCUAAUGAUAUUAGUUUCGUCUGCACCAUUGCGCAUGAGACCAAGGAAAUUGUUCGUCUAAGAAGCUACAAUUUGCCUGAUAAACUUCACAUUCCUGCUACUAUUUCUGAAGCUGCACUCGCCACAUCCGCCGCAACGACUUUCUUCGAUCCCGUUGAUAUCGGGCAACGAAGGUUCUCUGAUGGCGCGUUGGGGGCAAAUAAUCCAGUAGAAGAGGUGGAGGGGGAAGCCUCAAACAUCUGGUGUCCUGACACGGCAGAUCUAAAGCCUCUUGUCAAAUGCUUCGUUUCGGUGGGGACUGGGAAUCCUGGGAAGAAACCGAUUAAGCUUAAGAUGCUUAAGUUCCUUUCCCAGACGCUGGUAGAAAUUGCGACGGAGACCGAUAAUACGGAAAAGAGAUUCAUAGCUAAGUGGCGUCAACACUUCGAUAACAACCGGUACUUCCGCUUCAGUGUCGACCAAGGACUACAGCAUAUCAAAUUGACGGAAUACCAGGAACAAGGCGCUAUAGAGGCGGCAACAGAUGGGUAUCUUGAUCAUCAAGCGCAGGGAUUUCGGGUACGGGACUGCGUUCGAAAUUUGAAAUUGAAGCAAAAUGUCUCAGCAACGGACAUCUCGCGUAUGCUUGCCAUAGGAGCGACACCUACUCAUUCUAUAGACAUGUUAGAAAAGAUCCGGAAAGACAGGUCAGAUCUGAAGUACAGAUGCGAUAUGUGGCUCAAGCCGUCGAAUAUGAGGGAAAUUUACAACAACCAGAUUCGAGAAAAGUUGCUUGGAACAUGUGAAUGGAUAUGGUCGCACUCUAUAUUCUCGGAAUGGAGCAGUAACUCAACGUAUCCAGCAGCCGUAGACCGUCGUCUACUCUGCAUCUACGGCACCCAUGGCUGUGGGAAAACUGUCCUGGCAUCCUCGAUUGUGGAGUCAUUGAGAAAUAAAGGAAAGAAAGUAUUCUUCUUCUCUUUCUCUGGCGCGGAUACUAGUCGACAAACCUUGGAUAACCUAGCCCGAUCAUUGUUGUGGCAAGUAUUACAGGAAUCAAUCUCGGACGAGAGCUUCGAUAUUAUGCGAGACCUUAUGUCGCGUGGCCAACCCUUAACCUCCGAGCUGUGGACUACCUUUAAAGAUAUCACAAUAUCUAUAUCAGGGCUCAUAUACUGGGUAAUAGACGGAGUUGACGAAUGCAAGGAAUCUGGUGAAGAGCUCUUUAAUCAGGUCAUUGACCUUCUUACUGCCAACAAGAAUGCGCGCGCUGUCCUCUUGGGGAGAACGCACGUCCUUCAGCCAAUUAACCAAACGAAUUACGCAAUCGAGAUUACUCCCAGCUUAAUCGAGCCCGACAUUGACGCAUUCAUUAAUACUGAGAUAGAUAGGUCCACUAUCCUCCAAUCCCCUCAAGUUCGCGCCCUCGCAUUCAAGACUCUUCGCGACGGUUCCCAAGGCAUGUUCCUUUGGGUGAAAUUGAUGGUUCGCGACCUUUGUAAGUCUUCCUCCAAAGCGGAAGUCAUUCAAAGAUUGCACAAUAUGCCACAAGGUCUUCAAAAGGCUUACCGGCACUUCCUUUCACAACUCGUGGAGGAUUUAGAUGGUGUCGACCUCAGAUUUACUCAACGCCUUCUAGCAUUCGUUAUAGCAGCCCGUCGGCCGUUGAAGAUCGAGGAACUACGAUACGCUCAAGCACUGGCAACCAGGUCCGAUUUGAAGACAUCACACGAAUGCUCACUCGAGGAUUGCAUGCUAGAGGACAUAGCUGGAAAAGUCCUGCGUAUCUGCGGAAGUUUUAUGCAAAUAACCGAUGGAGUCGUUUCGCUAGUUCAUAUAUCUGCCAAAGAGUUUUUAACUAGACCAGAGAGCGAAUGGUCAUGCGAUGGUAAUCACAAAAUCAUCGACCUACGGGUCGAUCUAGAAGAAUCGCACUAUUUGUUCGUCUCGACCUGCAUUGACUACCUGGAAAUUGGUAAAUACGGCUUCCCAUUGCAGGAUCAGGAUGAAUGGUUGAUGCUCUAUGGUGUCCAUCAAUUUCUGGAGUAUUCGUCCAAAAACUUGAUUUACCACAUUAAUAGAGCUAGAAAGUUUUCUAUUGACGUAGUCAACAAAUUUGACCAAUAUUUCAGAUCGGAAGCAAGCUUAUCUUGGGUUGAAUACUUCGCGAUACAUUUGGUGGAAGAUGGGUCUUCUGGCGUUGAGGCUGAAGAGUUCAAAACCUGGAUCGAAAAUGGAGCCGAAGACAGGUUCUUAGAGCACGUUAACUUGCACUUACGUCGACAGCUUGAGAACAUAAAGCAGAGCUUUGGUGAAAAUGACCGGCGAACAGAUUACUACAGGCUGUUCCUUGGCAUGAUGACGGAUGAUGACACUGAUGAAUCCACCAGCAGCGUAUCCGAUUACCAUACCUCCACGCCCGACUUCGCCAUACAUACAGGUACAAAUGAUAUUCGUCAGACAGUUCCCAUGAUGACGAAAAUAUUAAACCAGAACAGCGUGCUGCCGGCUCCGAAGCAACUCGAGUUAUUCCUAAGAUUGCGAUACCAUAUUCAGCGAGCAAAGACUUUAACGGAUCCUCUCGAACUUCUAUUCCGUCUCAUUUUACGAAAUGCCGGGAACGUCUCUGUUUACGUAUUGCUGAUAAUUGGCAAUUUCUACGAAAGAGUGGAUCAAUCUGAGAAAGCCUUACAAGUUUAUUACAGUAUAAUAACGAAAUUUGGAGACCGUGAAGUUCCAAUGAAGUAUAGGAUAUGGAGUGCAAUUGGCUCUACUAAUUACGAUCUCGAUCGAUAUCAAGAGGCAGAGGAGGCGUAUCAGCAGGCAGCUGAAGGACUGGGAAAGAUACUUGGCCAAGGGCACCCCGACACUCUAUCCGCGAUGGACGAAUUGGGAUGCAUUUUUCAAGAUCAAGCAAAGGACACAGAAGCGGAAGAGACUUUUCAAAAGGUCUUAAAAGAAGAGCAAAGGGUAUAUGGCCCAGAGCAUAGCUAUACUCUAAUUACCAUGCGCAGUCUCGGACGCACUUUGUACAAUCAAAAGAAAUAUGCAGAAGCACAAGAAAUAUUUCAACGGGAAGUACAAGGACGACAAAAAAUACACGGCUUGGAGCAUCUAGGUACUCUUUUAGCCAUACAAGACCUAGGAGAAACUUUUAAUAGGCAAGAAAAGUAUGCAGAAGCAGAAGAAACUCUUCAACAUGUGAUAAAAGGGAGACAGAAGAGAUAUGGCGCAGAAUGUAGGAUUCCUUUCGAAACUUUGAAUGAGUUAGGGAUUGCGUUCUACGGCCAAGGAAAAUAUGAACGAGCAGAAGAAAUGUAUCAACAAGCGAGGAAGGGAUGGGAAAACUUAUAUGGCCCAGAGGACAGAGAUACUCUGGAAGCCCUAUACAAUUUAGCGAAGGUAUUUAACGUAACUGGGAGGUAUUUACAGGCAGAGGAAAUGUAUCGACGGGUAUUAAAAGGAUAUGAAAAGGCAUUUGGUCUAGAGGACGCAAGGACUCUUCAGACCAUAUGUGAGCUAGGAUACGCCUUCGAGAAUCAAGCCAAGGAUGUACAAGCAAAGGAAAUGUAUCAACGGGCAGCAAAAGGGCGCGAAAAAACACUUGGGCCAAACCAUAAAGACACACUACACAGCAUGGAAGAUUUAAAAUAUAUCCUUGGCUGUUUGGAGGACGACGAAUGGGAAGGGGAGCAGAUGCGAGCGCUAUUUGGCUAGGACAGCCUGAUUCAUAUAGCUUGUAUGAUUCAUAUUCGGUCGUAAUAAUAAUAUACAUCAAUAGAAUAAAG